AUGCUGCGAGCAAAGGGUCUUCUAAUUUCGGGAGCUCGCUUUGGUCGUAGAUUUACUUCUACUGGACAGAAGGAGGUGCCAAGCUCUGAGGUAUGUACCUUCUUUAUUUUUUUUGCUUUAGAUUACCUCUUACGUUUGACAGUGAUGUCAUGUUCCGUAUAUUUUGCGAGGAAAGUCAAAACUGAUGGAAUUUACAAAUUUUUGUAAACAUGGGAUUGGUUGUUUCUUUUCUUUGAGGAGUUUUACACCUAUUCCUUGGAAUGUUUUAUUAUGUAAUGUUCAAGUAUAAUAUAAUUUUUAGCAGCCGAAUGUUCCCCGGCAUAGGACCAGAUUUGAAUACGAAGCCACAAAAAAAGAGAGCCGUGCCACUUCGGACGCCGAGACUGGAGGUCGUGAACGUCCAACGGCUUUUCAACGAAGAAUGUUAGUAGUGACUGGGCUGUAUCAAAAAGCAGCAGACAUCCCGGAAUAUGUCUCGUAAGUUUUGUUUUAUUUUUACUUUGCUUUUAGAUGCCCACCAAGAGAUUAUAAGUAUUCUAUAAUUCCAGAAGUCAAACGAUGAACCGUCUCCACGACCGUAACCGGGUUGUAUUUAUCGUAACAGCUGUGGCCUUUGUAUUCCUUGUCGGUUUAUCGGCUGAACAAUGGAUUAGUCGAAAGAUCGAGUCGGAAAAGGCUUCAGGAAAGUCAUUAUCGGGCAUGAUCCAUUAG